AUGUCAUUAGCAAACUUCAGUCUGCCAUUUCCAGUGGCUACGCCGUCACCUUACUUAUACACGCCAAGUAUUUCUCAGUCCGUGAAUAAUUUACCAUUUAAUGGAGUGUUACCGUCACCUAAUUUUAAUGAACAGAGUAACUAUCAAAAUCAACCGUAUCUACCACCUGCUUAUCAACGUCAGCAUUAUCCUGUACAGUCACAAAACCCCAGGCGUACCCAAUACUAUAAUACUAUAAAUAACAAUAAUAAUAAUAAUAAUAAUAAUAAUAAUAAUAAUAAUCAUCAUCAUCAUCAUAAUGAUAAUAAUAACAAGCAGCGUCAGUAUCAGGUACAAACAACUCAGAAUUAUUUAUCCCAAGACAAUAAUUUUGACGACUACGAACAAGAUUAUCCAGUAACUCAGUCAAGUAUCAGAGAAAGCGAGAAUAAAAAUAACCCACAGCAUGAGAUAAGACCACCGUUGUUAGAAAUAAAUCAAGAGGACAGAAUCGCUAAUCGCAAUGCUCCAAGCAAUCAACCACAAGAUCUGAAUAAUCCCCAACCUGAUGGAUAUACGAAAGUCAAUUCAUAUGGAAGUUCCGGCGCCAAAACUUCAGUCCAUGCAGUUCUCGAUUACGACGACGACGGUGAUGAAACGAAUUCCAACGACGAGUAUUACGACGAAAAUAUUCCACGUGAUCCGCGUGUUACACCUAUUCAAGGACCGAUAUAUGUUAAAAACGGAUCUGUUCCUGUUGUUCCACUUUAUUCGUAUCAGCAGUACAAUAAUGGAAGUUUCUUACAAAUACCUAUUCUAUGGACCGCGCUGUCAGUGGCAUUGGGUGUCGAGCUGCAUGGCGACGUUGUCAAAGGUACACCUUGCAUCAAAAAAUACCAUCAAUUAUUCUGCCCGACUGCCGGUAAAACAUAUCCGAAAGAAAGAAUAGAACUUUUUAUCGAUGAAAAUAAAGCGUUAAUGAAGCGUAUGUACGGAGAUUUCGAAACCGACAAGGAUCACGGCCCAGGAACGAGUUCUUCGGCCAAAAGAAGAAAAAGAAGAUCCUUUGAUCCAGAUCUUCCUGACGGGGGACCGAGUCUUGGGAGAAAAAAUAUUGAAGACUCAAAAUAUGUCAGAGGAGGCGACUCUUACUUUGAACAUAUUCGAAAUCCGCGACAGCUGCCAAAAAAUAAUCACAGUGAUAGUGGAAGAUUGGAUGUUUGUGAAUCAAAAACAGAAGUUGUAACUCCUUAUUGGGCGAGCAAUAGUGCUGGAAAAAUACGCGCUGUCGUCAAUACUCAACAUUUUGAGCAAGCUAUUCAUCAAGAAGUUUGUUCGAAAACUCAAACAAAUCGAUGCACAGGAGGUUGUGGCUGCGAGCAAAAGUACAAAUGGCACAGGCUGCUCGCUUAUGACCCGGAUGACGAUUGCAAAGGUAUUUUUAUGGACUGGUUUCUCUUUCCGUCCUGUUGCGUUUGUCGGUGCGAUCCGCAUGCCAAGUUUCCCGGCACUGGCACUGCUACCGGUACCGGUACCACCACGAGUUCCAGCUCCAGCACCAAGGCUAUGACCAACCGCAGCGGUUGA